CCUCCUCCCCCUCCCUGAAGAUGUAGACGUGUUUGCACACUGGAAACUGUCGGUAGGAACGCUUGGAGGAAGGGAGCGUCAUGCGGGAGCAGCGACAGGGGGUUUUAUUUUUUUGAAACGUUGUGAAACAUAAUCCAUCUCAGCAGCAGCAGCAGAGCAUUUGAUAGAAGCUCGAAGACAAAGAAGCAGCAGAGUUGCUCAGUGUGGAGCUCAGAGCUGAAUAAGAGGCUUUGGGAGGACUCGUGCUCGGUUCAGCGUCACCGCGUGUUUUUUUUUUUACCGUUUUAUUUUUUUUUUUUCGCGUAAAGAAAACAUUUUUUGCAAACCCUCGUGCGCCCUAUUUUUGCGCACGAACUACUUUCUGCUGCGUCUUCACUGACAAAGAUCACGACCGCUUCUGGAUCAAAGCCUUAAACAGUUUCUUACCAAAUAUAGACACUGUUAAUGCUAGGGGGUCCUUGACGGAGCGGAACGGUCCUAGCUGCCAAAGUUUAUAAUUAAAUUCUCAAACCAUUUGGAGUUAUUGGGUUUCUUUUGACAACUCAAUUUGCGUAAUUAGCAAAUUAACUCUUGUGUUAGUUAUUGAAGCAGCUGGAGUUGAUCUUCCAAUUUGUCUGCAUAUUGUGGUAGUACCCUGUUGAAUUGAAUGCGCUCUGACUGCUCUCCACAGAAGCCAUUUUUAAGUCUUUAAUUUCCUCUGUAGUCAUUCACUACUCCACCAGCAUCGGACUGCCGGUGCACAUAUCAUUUUGAAGCACACGUAUAUAUUUGUUCCUUUUUGUUCCUAAAUCACCAACAAUGACUCUCUGUGCGUCUGGGCGCGGUGGAUAUGCCAUGGCUGGGUUUCUGUUGGUCCUUGUGUUAGUGGUUGGAUUGGCUGCAGCUGAAGCUGAGCAGACCAAGUCGACCUCGCCGGUCACCCUCCGGACCCUGAUCACCGGGUCCUGCCAGGAGGUGCAGCGGUAUGCGGAGUCGGUGCUUGGAAGCGGGGUGAUCCGUUCAGUGACUGAGUUUUUCGAGAUGGUGAUCCGAUUCCUGGCUGAAGGAGCUGCCAGUGGCCUGAACGUUAUUGCCGUAUACGUCACAGAAAUCCUCAGGGUCACAGGGUUCGAUGCUGCAGUGCCCCGCUUCACUCCGGAGGGUGUAGCAGCCAUCGCCCAGUGGGGUCUGUUGGCCCUCAUUGGCUACUGGGUGCUGACCAUCAUUCUGCGUCUGUUCCUCUGCGUGGCAAAGCGGGUGUUCUGGGUAGUGAGAACCGUUUUGGCGCUCUGGCUUUUUGGACUGAUUGUGACUGACAAGACCGCCACAGCAGAGAUCACGGCGGUGCGAGUGGGCGGCCUGGUUCUUGUAUGCGUUGUGUUGUCUCUGCUCACUUCAGCCUCUGAAAAGACUUCUACAGUUGAAGACCGCCUGAACUCCCUGGAGGGCCGAGUGAAGGCGGUGGAGAAAAGGAAAGGGGAGUAGUGACCAGAGAGGGUGGAGGGAACAGGCUUUAAAAUGGACAAAGGUGAUGGCAGUGUUGGAUAAGAAAAUAGAAACACUGAUUGUUUCUGUAUGUGUGUCAAACUGUUUUGGGAAAUAAAGUAAUCUGAGGGAUUUUUAUUCAGAAA